AUGACGCACUGCUCUCCUGCUGAGUGUAAAUACCAAAACUUGUUUUCAAAUGCUAAAUGGGAAUAUCGGCAACAAGACGAGGAGAUCGCAGACUCUAAGUACGGAGACACAGGCGUCACCGGAUGCAUUGACGGAACUCCCAUACGAAUCCAGGCCCCCACGGACAACGAGGCAGCUUUCGUGAAUAGGAAAGGUUACCAUUCCUUAAAUGUUCAAGCAAUAUGUGAUCAAAACGGUAAAUUCACCAACGUUGUUGCAAGAUGGCCUGGAAGCACCCAUGACAGCCACAUAUUCCGCAUGAGUGGAAUUAAAGCACAGAUAGAGGAGAACUUCCGUUCGCUUAACGACGGGGUCCUUUUAGGGGACAGUGGUUAUGCUUGUCAGCCAUACCUGAUAACACCUUACCUCAGACCAUCCACACCAGCUGAGGAGAGAUUCAAUGCUGCUCACAAAAGAACUAGGGUGACCGUUGAACGUGCAUUUGGGUGGUUCAAGAGGCGAUUUCACAUUUUACAUAGCGAAAUCAGAAUGCGCCCUGAACGUGUUUGUACCAUAAUUGGAGCCUGUGCAGUUUUGCAUAACAUUGCAAUAAUGCAGCGUGAACCUGUGCUUGACGAGGGUAUGGCUAUUCCUGACAGGAACAUUCCAGGAACGUACAAUGGACCAGACGACGGAAAGAACAUAAGAAAUUACAUAACCAGGAACAACUUCUAA